ACCCAGGGGCCCGCGAGAGGGUCUGCGGGCUCCCCUCGGUGCCUUCUCCGGCCGCCCCCUCACGGAGCGCGGCCCCGCCUCGGCUCCCUUCCCAGCCGCUGUUGGGGGAGAGCAGAGCAGGAGCCGCGGAUACGUGCCGGCGCCGGCGCUUCCCGCGCCCUGAAUUCAGGCCCGGCUUCUCCUGCGGCCUAUUCCCGGGGGCGCUGGGCCCCCGACGGAGCAGCCGUGGGGCCAUGUGGAACAAUAUCACUGUGUGCUCGCUCUGGAGACCUUCUCCUAGCUUCAUGUCUUCAAGAAUCCAAACCUUAACUCGUUUAUUCAUAAGAAAUUAUAAGGACUUCUGCAAAGACAGACAAACAAUAUGGACACUACAAAAUAGUCUCUGCCAGGUUAUGAAAAAGACUGUCCCCACAUUGAAAUGUAAUAUGUUUCCCCGUUGUUUUGUAAGUAACAAAGCAAGAUACGGACAGUAUACAAAAACCUUCCCUGUUUUAGAUGGAAGUAUCCCUUCUGUAUGUGAACAUGUGUUUGAAGAAAACUUAAGGAAUAGUGAGGCUUGUAUUCAAAGAUAUUCAGAGUUGCUUUGCAAGGUCAGUAAAGGAGGCGGAGAGAAUGCAAUCUUGCGUCAUACCCAAAGGAACAAGAAGUUGCUUGUUCGUGAACGCCUAAGAAUGCUCCUCGAUGACGAAACUUUUCUUGAGCUGUCCCCUUUUGCAGGCUUUGAUUUGCCAUAUGGUGAUGUCCCUGCAGCUGGAUGCCUCACUGGAAUUGGAAAGAUCUGUGGAAUCUGGUGUGUCUUUAUUGCAAACGACGCAACAAUUAAAGGUGGGACCAUUUAUCCAAUUUCAGUGAAGAAACAGCUAAGAGCUCAACAAAUAGCAAUUCAAAACAGACUUUUAUCGGUGUAUCUAGUUGACAGCGGGGGAGCAUUCCUACCACUACAGGCAGAACUCUUUCCUGACGAGUCUCAUGGUGGCCGAAUAUUCUACAAUGAGGCAAUAAUGUCUGCUAUGAAAAUCCCUCAGGUGGCAGUGGUGUGUGGUUCUUGUACAGCUGGGGGUGCCUACCUUCCUACCAUGGCAGAGGAAACUGUGAUUAUAGACAAAAUCGGUACUAUGUUUCUUGCUGGACCCCCUUUGGUUAAAGCUGCCACAGGAGAAGAUAUCUCUUCUGAGGACCUAGGAGGAGCCAGAAUGCACUCUAAAGUCAGUGGCUGUGUUGACCAUUUUGCAUCUUCAGAAAAGGAAGCGUAUGAAUGUGUUAGAAAUAUUAUCUUGACGCUAAAUUAUGAACUUCCACCAGAGGAAACUUUGGAGUAUGAUGAUCCUCUGUACAGUGCUGAAGAGCUCCUGGGGCUUGCACCACGAGGUUAUAGCUAUACUCUACAUAUAAAACUGAUUUUGAGCCGUCUGAUAGAUGGAAGCAGGUUCCAGGAAUUCAAAGCUGAAUAUGGAACAACAUUAGUAACGGGAUUUGCCCAUAUGGAAGGACACCUAGUUGGGAUAGUGGCUAACAAUGGUGAGCUGACUCAUGAUGCUUCUCUAAAGGGCAGCCACUUCGUACAGUUGUGUAGUCAGCGAUGCGUUCCUAUCCUGUUUCUCCAGAAUACUGCUCCACAUGCACCAGAGCCAACAAGUCUCUCACAGGCAGAGGAUCACACCAAUAGAUUAAAGGCACAGGCCUCCAUGAUGGCUGCAGUUGCUUGUGCUGGUGUGCCCAAGAUAACCCUUGUAAUUGGUGGCUGUUACGGGAAUGAAAGUUAUGCCAUGUGUGGGAGGUCAUUUGAUCCAAACUUCCUGUUCCUGUGGCCUAAUGCAAGAGUUGCCCUUGUGGAUUCAAGACAUAUUUCCACAUUCCCACAAGCUAGGGAUGAUGACUGCAUAGGAGAUGACUCGGAGUUAAAGCAUCUAAAAGAAAAGCUAGAUGAAGAAAGCAGUGCAUUUCACUCCUCUGCUCGACUCUGGGAUGAUGGCAUAAUACUGCCACAGAAUUCUAGGAAGGUGAUUGCACAGUGCUUAACAAUUAUGAAACAGCAGAAGUACCAGAUUGCAUCUCUGCAACGCUACCCUGUUAUCAGACUGUAAUCAAACUGCCAUUGGCAAAUAAUUGGAUUUUUAGAAUGCCAAAAUACAAUUUUUUAAAUGAAGUGAUUUUCUAACAGUUUGAUACCUUUAGUAUAACUUGAAUUAGUUCUAGAAACUGUAAGUAUACAAAAAGGAAGCUCAGAUUUCAGGCUAUUUGGAUUAGGUUUGUAUUUUGAUCCCUGUUGCACUAGUAAAUUUGAAAAUUAUACUGUAUGAAAACAAGGAAAAUGCAAUUAAUAAACUUUUAGAUCUUGA